UGGGGGGCUGGAGGCGCACAGAGGAGAGAGAUUGGGAGCUUCUGGAGACGGCGCACAAGGGAGAAGGCCAGUGAAUUGAGGGAAGAAGAACGUGGUGCAAAGUGGAAAAUUGGAGACUCCUGGGGACGCAUAGUGGAAACGGCGUACACAACGAAGAAUUGAAGUGGCGCACGGACAAAAACAAAAAGAUUGCAACCCAAAUCUGUUUUAGAUUUGGGCAGGAAGUUCCUAUUCCCCUUUCAAUUUCAGUGUUUGUUUUUAUUUUAAUAAUGUCUAGUUAAUUUAUUUUAAUUAGGGUUUGGAUGGAUUUUGAUUUUGGAAUUAUGUGAUUAUUCGUGUAGUUUGAUUCAAAACCCAAUUAUUAUUUGUGUGAGAAAUUUAUAUUGUUGUGGUUAAUACUUUAAAAGAUUGGCCACCUUUUAAUGAUUUAUGCAUGAUUGACUAAAGAAUUAUUAUAAACUAGAUUCAUAAGCAAUAUAAAUCACAUGUUAGACUAUGAGAUUGAAAGAUGAUUAUCUCAUGUGUGAGAAUCGAGAAAACUUAGUGAGUUAAAUCCCCUUCCGAGAUUAGAGGUUUCCGAAGAACUUAAUGCUUAUUUAUUUCAUUGAUAUCUGCUCAGAAAUUUGAUAGUGAAAUUGAAUUAAGAAAGGAUUAAUAUGUCUUGAGAAACCUUAUUAAUUAAUUGAGAGAAAUCUACCAUCACAUGCAAAUAAUUAUAAAAUACUGUAAAGGUAUUUGUGAUUUUGAAUUGAGUUGAAUAGAUAAUUAGAUAACCCAGAUUAAAUGAAAUUUGAACCCUAGUGCAUUCCUUAAUUAAGCUUUCUCCCAAAGAAUUCAGUUUUCUAUUUAUUUUUUUUAUUUAUCCAAUUAAUUAAUUAAUUCAACUUAGGCUAAUUAAAAUUGUUUUGGUAAUGUGAUCUAGUCCUCGUGGGAUCGACAUUUUUUUUAUCAGUGCAUGCAUAUUUGACUAGGGUACAUUUGUCCGAAUUAAUUGUGCAUAAAUUACACAUCAAGUUUUUGGAGCCGUUAUCGGGGACUAGUUUAUUGCAUAUCAAAACUACAUAAGUUAGCCUUAGAUUGAACAUCUUUUUAUUUUCUUUUAGGAUUUUCAAUUUUAAUUUAAUUUUAUUGUUUAUUUUUUUUCAUCUUUUCAAAAUUUUAUUUUGAAUUUUUAAUAUUUUUCUUUUUCUUUGUAGGUUUCAAUGGUGCAUGACCCGCACUAGUGGUGGAGAAUUGAUACCUCUUGAUCAAGAAAUUGAGAAAACUCUGAAAAAGAAAAAGAAGGAGAAAAUGAAUAAGAUUGAGCAAGAAUAAGCAACCCAAACUAAUCUAAGGACAUUGAGCUCAUAUGCUACACCUAUUCUGGAUGGCACUACAAGCAUUAGGAGGCCCAAUGUGCAAGCAAACAACUUCGAGAUCAAGCCUGCAAUUAUUCAGAUGAGUGUUCAAUUUUCUAGCCCUAAUGAUGAUCCUAACUCUCAUAUUGCUAAUUUUCUUGAAAUAUGUAAUACUUUUAGGCAUAAUGGAGUUAGUAAGGAUGCAAUUCGACUUAAGUUCUUUCCCUUUUCCUUGAAAGAUAGAGCAAAAGAAUGGCUUAAUUCUCUUCUAGCAGGUUCUAUUACUACAUGGAAUGAUUUGGCACAAAAAUUUUUAUCUAAAUAUUUUUCACCUAUUAAAACAGCUAAAUUAAGGAAUGACAUAACAACUUUUUCAUAAUUUGAUAAUGAAUCCUUAUAUGAGUCGUCGGAGAGAUUUAAGGAAAUGCUUAGGAAAUGUCCUCACCAUGGUCUACUUGUUUGGAUGCAAGUGCAAACUUUUUAUAGUGGCAUUAAUCAAUAUUCUCGUUCAAUGUUAGAUGCAACUACAGGUGGUACCCUUAUAAGGAAAACUCCCGAGGAAGCAUAUGAACUUUUGGAGGAGAUGGCAGCUAACAAUUAUCAAUGGGAUAAUGAGAGAGAAAAUAAAAGGGAGUUGGAAUUUAUAAUGUUGAUUCUAUCACUGCUUUAUUUGUUCAAAUUGUUGAAUUAAAUAAGAAUUUGGGUAAUUUGGGGGUUUUAGCUAUGAAUGCUUCUUCUUCUUCUUCCCAUUUUCUUUCUUGUGAGCUUUGUGGGCGGGGACAUGCUAGUGUAGAUUGUCAAGUAGGAAAUCCUUUUUCUUCUGGUUCUUCUGAACAAGCUAAUUUUAUUUCUUAUGGUGGCAACAUGUCAAAUUUUAAUCCCUACUCCAACAUUUACAAUGUAGGAUGGAGGAGCCAUCCUAAUCUUUUUUGGAGUAAUAAUCAACAAAGAGUGCCCCCCGGCUUUCAACAACAACAACAUCAAAUUCCACAGGAGAAGAAGCCGAAUUUGGAAGAUAUGAUGGCAAAGUUUAUUAAUAGUACAGAGGCAAGAAUGUAAAGCUUGGAGACUCAAAUUGGAUAACUUGCCCAAGUGAUUUCAGAAAGACCACAAGGAGGCUUGCCUAACAAUACUGAGAAGAAUCCAAGGGGAGCUUGUAAAAGCCAUCACUUUGCGAAGUGGAAAAGAACUUGAAAGUAAAGAAAAAGAUGAAGAGCAUACAAAAGAGGAAGAAAACCAAGAGCUUGAAGCCAAAGAAGAGGAUCGUGAUUUAUCAACGAAGAAAAAGGGGAGUUAUUCUUCACUUAAUUUAAAAUCUUACAUAAAUCUCCUCUUCCUUUUCCUAAAAGAUUUCUAAAGGCUAACUUGGAUAAACAAUUUGCUAAAUUUCUAGAGGUGUUUAAAAAGUUGCAUAUUAACAUCCUUCUCUUUGAUGCUAUAUCACAGAUGCCAAGUUAUGCCAAAUUUUUGAAAGACAUAAUUACAAACAAAAGAAAGUUAGAGGAAUUUGAGAUGGUGAAACUUAAUGAAGAAUGCUCUACAAUUUUACAAAAUAAAUUGCCUCCAAAACUUAAGGAUCCAGGGAGCUUUUCUAUUCCUUGCACUAUUGGUGAAAUUAAUUUUGAUAAGGCUUUAUGUGACCUCGGUGCAAGUAUUAAUUUGAUGCCCUUUUUUGUUUUUAGGAAACUUGGAUUAAAAGAACCAACACCUACCACUGUUUCUCUUCAGUUGGCUGAUAGAAGUAUCAAAUACCUAAGGGGAGUAGUGGAGGAUGUUUUGGUAAAAGUAGAUAAAUUUAUUUUUCUUGUUGACUUUAUUGUUCUAGACAUGGAAGAGGAUCAUGAUAUGCCCCUAAUUUUAGGAAGACCUUUUCUCGCCACUGAGAGAGCUUUAAUUGAUGUCCAACAAGGAAAACUUAGCUUUAGAAUUAAUGAUGAAGUCUUAAGGAUAGAUUGCAUUGAUGAUUUGGUGGAUAGGAAAUUUCAUGCAUUUAGGUUAGAUGACCCCAUAGAAAAUUGCAUUGCUAACUCUUUUGAUGUGAAGGAUCAAAUUUUAGAUGAACAACACAAGGAGGCUGUGGGUUAUUUGGGAGAAAAUCAAAAAUUCAAUCCAUCCAAAAGAGACGAAUUGCUACCUUUGGAUGUUUCCUCUUCUUCGAAAGCCAGACCAUCAAUUGAGAAGCCUCAUAUUCUUGAACUUAAACCUCUUCCUUCUCAUUUAAAAUAUGUUUAUCUGGGGGAUUCAUCUACCUUACCUAUGAUUAUUUCUUCUUUUUUGAUAGGUCUUGAGGAAGAAAAGUUGAUGAGGGUGCUUAUGGAGCACAAAAAGGCAUUUGGAUGGAGCAUUGCUGAUAUUCAUGGAAUAAGUCGAUCAAUUUGCAUGCACAAAAUCUUAAUGGAAGAAGGAUUCAAUCUUAUGGUGCAACCCCAAAGGAGGUUAAAUCCUAAUAUGCAAGAGGUAAUGAGUUGCCCUCUGACAUGUCAUUUCAUCAAAAGAAGAAGUUUUUAUCAGAUGUAAGGUACUAUCCUUGGGAGGAACCAUACCUAUACAAGAUUUGUGGAGAUGGCAUGGUGAGGAGAUGCGUACCAUAGGAGGAAAUGCAUAGCAUACUCAGUUUUUGUCAUGACAAAGAAGUGGGUGGACAUCAUAGACCUUCUAAGAUAGCGGCCAAGGUUUUGCAAAGUGGCUUUUAUUGGCAUACCUUAUUCAAGGAUGCUUAUGCUUAUGGAAGUGCUUGUGAUCGAUGCCAGCGAAUAGGUCAUGAUAUUUUCCUUCUUCUUGACUAUACCCUUAAGCUACUAAUCUAGCUAUAUUCCUCUUUUUUUCAUUUUGAUUCUAAACACCUAUUUGGUUCAUUUGGUUGGGUGAUCUUUACGAUUUGGAGCUAAUUUCCACAAGAAGGGGUGAAUUUGGAAAAAUAAAAGAUUUCCCCCUUUUUAAAAAGAUUUUCAAAAAUGAAAGGAUGUCACCGAUGAAGGCAAUGGCUUUGUUAAACCUCACGACCUUGAAAUGGCACAAUGAGGUAUCAACCGUGUAAAGACAAUCCCUUUAUGCA